AUGGCAACAAGCGCCUCUUCACACGUCUCCUUGGUCAUGAACGACCUCAUCCUCAUGGCGACCCCAUUUCGAGAGCCACCCAGCGUCAAGUUCGUGGCGUUCUUCUUCACCCUCUCCAUGUUCACCGCGGCCCUCAUGGGCAACUGCCUCCUGAGCCUCAUCAUCCUUCGAGAUCAUCAGCUGCACAAGGCAAUGUACGUGCUCAUGGCCGCGCUUUCGCUCACCGACGUCAUCUCGGCACUCAGCAUCCUGCCCCGGUUCAUGCAGAAUGUCACGUCCUUCAACUACAUCAGCCUGCGCGAGUGCAUGGCGCAGAUGUUCUUCCUGCACCUGGCCAUCAGAAUGCAGAGCUUCAUACUCACCAUCAUGUCCGUCGACCGCUACCUAGCCAUUGGCUACCCACUCAGGUACCACUCGCUCAUGUCCUGCCGCAAGGCCAUCGUGGCCUUUAUAGCCGUGAUGGCAUCGUGCAUUCUCAUGUGCCUGGGCAACUUCAGUGUCGUGGUCCCCCUCAACUACUGCAAGCCGCCGAUUAUUGUCGCUCCAUACUGCGACUACCUCGUAGUUCUCUUCUUGUCAUGCGGGGACGUGAGCGGUCCCGUGGCCUAUGCCCAAGCAACGCUGGUCAUCAUUAUGGUGCUUCCCCCGUGCGUGAUAAUCCUCAUGUACGCACUCAUCCUCUACGAGUGCCGAAAGCCAGGACUCCGCAGCGGUCAGAGGAAAGCGCUGAAGACUUGCGGCACUCACUUCUUGGUGGUCUCCAUCUUUUUCUCCGCCAUUUUCUUCUCGUACACCAGUGGCUUCUCGUUCCUGGAUUCGCUCCCUAGGCCGCUGCACUACGCACUCCAGACGGCGCAGUACGUGUUCCCGCCCGUGCUGAACCCUGUCAUUUACGGCCUCCGUACGGCAGAAAUUAGGCGCAGUUUCACCAGGCAGUUCCGUAGAAAGGUGGUGGACGGACAUGCAGAGAGCUCAGGGAAUGCAGGGCACUGA